CCUUCACUGCCUGUUACCUAGACUUUGUGGCCAAUCGCCGAGGGGCAGCUGGUGUCCCGAUGUGGCACCGUCCAUCGUUUGGGCCACCAGCGUUGUUGUGGGAGAGGAAGCAUCUCUCGGCCCCAAAAAUUUCCCAACCAACACUUCCCACCCGACAGAAUUCGCAUCUUUCCACCAUCGACUGAUUCAAUUCUGCCCUAAACCCUGGUGAUUAGGUUUAUUACCAGUGUUAGUCGUACUUUUGCUCCCGCAACCCCAACGUCAUCUCGAGUGAACCAAAAAACUUGGUCGACUACGUCAACAAAAACACGGUCUCAAACCCGAUUCUUGAGCGUAACACGAUUUACGUUCAACCUUUUCUACAAACCCAAAAAUGGCGGCUUCCGACAUCCAGAACCCCCCAGCUCCGGUCGAGUCCAAGUCCGCCAGGAAGAAGAAGGCGAAGGCGGAGCGCACCGAGUCCCCCGCACCUGCUGCCGCAACCCCGGAAGUCGCCGGCUCCGUCGCCGCCAGCGAGGCUCAAAAUGAGUCGGACAACGCCUAUAUUCGCGACCUCCAAAAGAGUAUUCGUAAUGUUACGAAGAAAAUCACCAACACUGCAAAGGUUGAUGCCAUCAUCGCCGAGCACAGCGACAAAUCACUCGACGAGCUCAUAGCCUCCAAGAUUAUCAAUGCCGACCAGAAGGCUGCCCACCUUAAGAAGCCGACCCUCCAGGCCCAGCUGUUCCAGUUCGAGGAGCAGCUUGCCCAACACAAGAAGGUGGACCAGGAACACCGGGCCCGUCUCGCGGAACAAGAGAAGGCUCUGACGGAGAAGUUCGAGAAGGCGAAGGCGGACGCUGUCGCUGAGGUCACAAAGAAGGCGGAGGCGGAUGCCAACGCGACUCUUCGUAGCAACCUCCUGAACCUCUCUCAGUUUCUGAGCCUUGCUGCGGCCCGUCGUACGGAUGAUCCCGACAGCACCUCAGACGAGAGCAUGGCGCUCGAGGGUGUCCUGCUGCACAUCUACUCGGGCGACGAGAAUGCCGUUGCCACCAUGCUAAAGCUGGUGCAGGGCGCGGACGAGCCCACCCUGAGCACUUCCGAAGAGGCGCUGCAGACGACCUUCGCCCAGGUUAAGAAGGCUGCGAUUGCGCACGCCACUCCGUUCACGCAGACCGAGACCGCCCAACAGUCGGCCGACCCCGAGGCUGCCGUCGAGUCCAAGCAGGACCCGGAAACCGACCCGACCGUCGCUAAUGCCGGCCUGACCGAGGUCGACGACGGUUCCGCCACCGCACUAGUCAACGGCCACGCGGACGGGUCCUCGAGCAGCGCUCCCCCCAGCAACGCCGAGGUUGCCGACGAGGCUGCGAACGCGGCCGGAGAGAGCCAGUGGGACACGGGCAACGAGCUGUCCACGUCCCAGGAGUGGGUGGACGUCAAGAUCCCGCGCGAGGCUAGCGAGACGGAGACCGGUCCCGCCGCCACCUCCGCCGCGCCCUCCCAAUCGUGGGCUGACGACCACCCCGAGGCCGAAACCACCCCCGCCGCUCCCGCGGACGACGGUUUCCAGUCCGUGCCGGGCCGCAACCGCGGCCAGCGUGAGGGCGGUGGCUGGCGCGGCCGCGGCGGUUACCGUGGCCGCGGUGGUUUCCGUGGUGAGGGCCGCGGCCGCGGUCGUGGUGGCCAGCGCGGUGGCAUGCCCCAGCGCGGCCGCCGUGGCGGUAUCGAGGCCCAGUAGUCUUCACAUCCAACCGUUUUCGGGGUGAUCUGCACGCACGCAGAAUCGAUUUCUCGCUUGAUCUUGUCUCGCAUCUUGGGUUUGCCGGGGGGUUUCGUCACUGCACUCAUCACUGGCGUUCUAAAAGCGCAUAUGCUUUUAUUUAUCACAUGAAAUUUUCGUUGCUUUUGGGCCACGCGGGUGGUGGAAAGCUAGCACUGUUUGUACAUUAGGGGAAAUAUGGGCUCGGUCUUUGCCUAUUUUGAGGGCGGCGGCUGUCCCGGAGCAUUAAGGGGAGCAUAUGACUUGGGCAUCAACCGAGACAAAACGAGACGAGAUACUUUGGCGUUCGGGAUGCAACGGCGGUUUUGCGAGGAGGUCUGGUGCGCGGGUCAACCGGGGGCUACGGGAAGUAUCAUUGGGGGCCAAUUGAUAAUAUCGUGGCCAA